CCACAGUGAAGUCACAUCCUCCUCUAUAUAAACAAAAAACACACAUUAGUUUAUUCCAUCUAGCCACACACUACAGUUCCUCAUUGACCUAAUACAGAACAUUUUUUAGCCCAUUUACUGUAGAUUUGAUUCUCCGUGUAACGUUAAACUAGGAAAAAUGGCUUCGACGUUGUCUAGAUCAGCUGUGUUUAGUGGUGUUGAAAGCUAAGCUUCUUUCUCCUGGUGAAAAACGUUCAACAUCACUUAACAUUUAAUUUUUUUGAACGUGUCCUCAGUUCGAUGUGACUUCGCUGCUAAUGUAUUUGCGCGUCAAGUAGUCUUCAAUUUUAUUAUUAUGAGCUUUUGUGGCACACCAGUGUGGAUUGCUAACUGAACCAUUAACUUACCCACCCGGUUCCAGUAUUUAUCUGUCAGUAGAGCCACUCAGGAACUCUGAAGUCCCGUCAACAUAUUACACCAAAAGCCUAGACCCAUAUAAUCAUGACUGCCAUGCGAGUGGAUGCUAAGGUGGUCAUGCUUGGCAAGGAGAGUGUGGGCAAAACCAGUCUGGUGGAAAGAUACGUACAUCGCCGGUUUCUUGUGGGACCAUAUCAAAAUACUAUAGGGGCUGCGUUUGUUGCGAAAGCCCUCAAUGUCAGUGACAAGGUGGUUACUCUGGGAAUAUGGGACACUGCUGGGUCUGAACGUUAUGAAGCUAUGAGCAGAAUCUAUUACAGAGGAGCCCGCGCUGCCAUUGUCUGCUACGACUUGACUGACAGCAGCAGUUUCGGAAGGGCAAGGUUCUGGGUGAAGGAGUUACAGAACUGUGAAGAGCACUGCAAGAUAUAUUUGUGUGGCACCAAGAGUGACCUCAUUGAGGCCGAUCGGAGUGUACGGCAAGUAGACUACCAUGAUGUUCAAGACUUUGCAGAUGAAAUAGGUGCACAACAUUUCGAGACCUCCAGCAAAACAGGAAAAAAUGUUGAUGAGGUGUUUCAGAAAGUGGCUGAAGAUUUCAGUAGCUGUGCUUUAGAGUUCAUGCAAGAAAAGAAGGUGGUGGAUCUUGGGCAAAAGAAGGACUCUUAUUUUGACAACUGCUGCCAUAACUGAGCUAUCACUGGAAAAACUGCUGUAUCAUAUGGUCUAUUUUGGGAUGACUGGAGGCUCAACAUCUUUUAUACUCCUCAAAGCAUCCGCUGGAGUGUUUUUUCUUGUUCUUUUUUUCUGGUGUGCAGUAGAACAUGAAGGAUUCCACUUUUUCCAGUGUUCAAGCAAUGAACUCUUUCUUUAUCAGGAACAUGUUUUUUCAUUUAGUUUUUUUUUUUUUUUUGGACCUGGGAAUGUUGACUGAAGCAAAUAUUAACAGUGCAUGGCAAUCCGUUUUACCAAAAAGACAAGACACAAAGCAAGCUUUAGGGACAGAUUUCAUUGCAUGGAGGUGAUCGUUGCCAAUUUUCACAAACAAUGCCUUGAGUGAUUUAUCACCUUUUAUGAUUUAAAUUGUCUCUAUUUUAUAGAUUUUUGAGGAUCGUAAUGUUUACACCCUCCAUUCAUCACACUGCACUCAUACAUGAACAAUUUACUUUCAUAUGUCCACACUUAAGUUUCAGUUUUCACCGAUCUGAGACCAGUUCAAACAUUUUUCUCAUUAUGUUAAAGAUUUAGAUGUUGUGGAAAUUUAGUCUCCAAUUAAUAUGUUCUUAAAUUAUAACGAAGCUGAAAAAUUGAUGUCAGAAUAUCAAAGGCUAAUUAUUUGAGGCAUUCAUAAAACCAUGAUUAAUCUGAUAUGCGGGAGUCAAACUCUUGUUUGCGUCCUGUAUCUUGUUGUUCAUUAUUUAACAUAUCUUUCCCGCAUUCCAAAAGCAAGUCAAUGUGCAGCAUUUGAUGAAUGUGAUGUUAAUGUUUACAGUGCUAUUUUUAUUAUUUAAUUUUACGUCAUUUGCAAUUUGGGUAAGAUAUUGGGACACUAACUUGUCAGUUGUGAAAAUGUUUGUGCAUACUUUGUACAUACAGCCUUAGUUCACUCUCUGUUCAUGUUGUGCCUGUAUUAAAUACUGCUCAAAAAGGCCUGUAGCUAAAAAUAUGGUUCUUGUGAAACUGUAUAUUUUACGUCAUCCAGAGAAAUCCUGAUAUUGUGCCAUUUUGACUGGAUGUCCUACAGGAAAGAAGGACAGUAUUAUAUUACUUUGUCACAUUUUACAGUGAAAUUACAUUAAAAAUUAAAAAAAGCUGUUGCAUA